AUGAUCGGGGUUGAGGUCGUAGACGUGACCGGGGUUGAGGUACGUGAUGGUGUCACACUUCCUGAGGUCCCUGAUCCACUACUCAUAGCUGAAGUUGUUCUUGUAUACUUUCGCUUCGGACACUCGGCCGAGAGUGCUAAUUCAUCAGAUCUGAUAAUAUGUAUUUAUACAGCGGCUGUAUGUUGGGGAGUGGGAGAAGAGUGUAAGGUGGAAGGGAUACAAGUAGAGCCAUCACAGAAGUCUGAAGUUCGUGUCAAGAUGCUCUAUGCCAGUCUCUGUCACACUGACAUUGUCGUGUCCAAAGGAUACCCAAUUCCUCUUUUCCCUCGCGUUCUUGGACAUGAGGGCGUCGGUGUGGUAGAGAGCAUCGGAGAAGAAGUAAACACAGAGGAUUUCAAACAAGGAGACAUCGUGAAACCAACGUUUGUUUCAGAAUGUCAAGAAUGCGAGAAUUGCUUGUCAGGCAAGUCCAACCUGUGCCUGAAAUAUCCGUUUACCUUGACCGGUCUAAUGCUCGAUGGUACUUCAAGAAUGUCGACUGUCAAGGGACAAAAGAUGUUGUACCACAUAUUUUCUUACUCCACAUGGUCCGAGUACACGGUUGUUAAUGUCAAUUACCUUCUCAAGCUCCACAAUUGGGGUGCUCAUCGUACUACUACACUACCUCUGUCCCACGCUAGCUUCCUCUCAUGUGGAUUCUCUACCGGAUUUGGGGCUUCUUGGAAGGAAGCAAAGAUUGAAAGAGGGUCAACUGUUGCAGUUAUUGGUCUUGGUGCUAUUGGAUUAGGGGCAAUUGAGGGGGCUAGAAUGCAAGGUGCAUCUAGGAUAAUCGGUGUCGACAAAAAUGAGAUGAAAAGAGAAAAAGGAAUAGCUUUUGGAAUGACUGAUUUUAUAAACCCUGACAAUCACCAAUCUGAACAUGAUCAAGAUCAUGACAAAUCAGUUUCUAAGCUCAUCAAAGACUCUACAUAUGGAAUGGGUGUAGAUUAUUACUUUGAGUGCACUGGCGUUGCAUCUGUUCCCUUGGAGUCAAAAAUGGUAUAUCCACACACAAAAUGUAUACAUAUUAUUCAUGGUCGGUACAUAACAAACAAAAAAGUGUUUCUCGUGUUUAUUGGGUUGAGAUCGAGUCUUCAUACACAUAAAAAGUCUAGCCAACUUGGAUUCAACUCUAUCUACAUUCUAUUUAUUUUGUGUUGCAAUCUGCAGGGUAAAGGAACAACAAUUGUGCUAGGACCCUCAGGAGUAACACCCGUUCAGAUUGAUUAUCUCUCCCUGAUGAGUGGUAGAACCUUGAAAGGGUCCGUGUUUGGAGGUCUCAAAGCCAAAACCGACCUUCCCAUUCUCAUCAACAAAUGCAUGAAUAUGGAAAUGCAAUUGGAUGAACUCUUGACUCAUGAAGUUCCUCUCGUAGAUAUUAACCAAGCAUUUGAACUCUUAAAGCAGCCAAAUUGUGUGAAGGUUUUGAUCAAGAUUUGAUUCACAUUGUUUAUCCGUAUUUUAUUUGUUAGAAUAAAUGAGUUUCGUUGUUUUCCAUAUGAUGCCGGUUGAUGACGACAUCUUGCGAACUAUUUUCUACUUCAAAAUAAUUUGGAGUAAACUAGAAUAACUCCAUUUAUCCACUUCUGUUCGAUCUGUACACCAUACCUUAUUCCAGAACGUAAAGCAGAAUAAAUUUGAAUUGUAUA